CUUUUCAAUGUGCAAUUUUCAACAUGUCUCGCUUGCUUCUUGCAACCCCUCUAUGUGGCUUCUGCUUUACAUUGUGGUUGUUUUGGGUUGUCUACACUUGUCUCCUCAUCCUUUGACCUACUUACUUGACACUGACUGUGUACUGGGGGAUGCACAACAGGCAUCCACUUUUGGGACUUGCGAUAAAUGUGGUGUCUGACGGCCAAGACGCACAAGCGGAUCUCGAUGCUGCUGACAGUUUCCAGGACAUAUCUCAAAACCCUCAGGAGAUUCGACGAUGUUAUUGGGAAGAUUGCGGAUGUACAUCCAUAUGCAAAGAUGGCACUGGGCAUGUUGUCUUGUGCAGCCUAAAUUAUUCUGACUCAAGUGGAUCGCGACGCAGUGGUUCUCAAACUUCUCAUGUUGAGCGCUUUUUUUAUAUAGGUGGCCAUGAUACUAUUUCCUUUCGGUGUGUGCCGUUACAGUAUGUUUACAAGGCUCACCAAGCGACUCCCACGCGCAUCUUUGAUGGUAGUCAAAGAAGUACAUGUACUGAUGGCGCGUCUCUACAAGGCAGUCAGCGCAGUAGAGAGCUCGGAGCCCGCUGGUUCAUUGGACACCUGCGAUUACCUUGAUCUCGACGCAAUGGGUGAAGAUUAAUCUCGAGUCAGUCGCUUCUAUCUUUGUACAUACUGGUGCUUUGUUCGAGUCCGCUGAUCUUUUUGACGUCUUUCGAUGGUAUUUCCGUUUGAUACAAUGUAAUUGAUAUUCGUGUACCUUGAAUUCAAGAUAAUUUAUAAUAAUUAAUGG